CGUCAAUCGUUCAUGUGAUUCUAGGCCUAACUUCCGGAUGAAAUAUUGACAACUGAAGAAUCUUGUGAAGAAAUAAGUGAAAAACAGCAGAAUGUCGGCGUACGCAAUGCCAGAGAUGUACUUUAACAUAGACCAUGGUUAUCUCGAAGGUCUUGUUAGGGGAUUUAAAGGAGGAAUAUUGAAGCAAGCGGAUUAUCUUAAUCUCGUACAAUGUGAAAGUCUGGAUGAUUUGAAGCUUCAUUUACAGAGUACUGACUAUGGAAACUUCCUUGCCAACGAGCCUAGUCCCCUUACUGUGUCUGUUAUUGACGACAAACUUAAGGAAAAACUUGUCAUAGAGUUUCAGCAUCUCCGCAACCACUGUUUGGAACCACUCGCUACAUUCCUGGACUACAUAACGUACAGUUACAUGAUUGACAACAUCAUCCUGCUGAUCACCGGCACACUUCACCAGCGACCAAUCAAUGAGCUCAUCCCCAAGUGUCAUCCUCUUGGGAGCUUUGAGCAGAUGGAGGCAAUACACAUAGCAGCAACACCUGCUGAACUGUAUAAUGCUGUGUUGGUCGACACACCUCUAGCUCCUUAUUUCAUUGACUGUAUAUCUGAACAAGACUUGGAUGAAAUGAACAUUGAGAUAAUCAGAAACACACUCUACAAGGCUUACCUUGAAGAUUUCUACAGUUUCUGUAGCGAGCUUGGUGGAGCGACUGCUGAGGUGAUGUGUGAUGCCCUGGCAUUUGAGGCAGAUCGUCGAGCUUUCAUCAUUACUAUCAACUCAUUUGGUACUGAGUUGACGAAGGAUGAUCGUGCUAAGCUCUACCCUCGCUGUGGGAAGCUGAACCCGUACGGUCUAACUCAGCUCGGUAGGGCCGAUGAUUAUGAUCAAGUCCGAGCUGUCGCCGACAUCUAUGGUGAAUAUAAGGAAUUGUUUGAAGGAGCUGGUACCAACCCUGGAGACAAAACACUGGAAGAUAGGUUCUUUGAUCGCGAGGUACAACUGAUGAAGAAUUCCUUCAUGCAGCAAUUCCAAAUGGGUACGUUUUACUCGUAUGUCAAGCUGAAGGAACAGGAAAACCGCAACAUCGUGUGGAUCUCCGAAUGUGUAGCUCAGAGGCACCGAGCAAAAAUUGACAGCUAUAUACCAAUCUUCUGAUCGGGAUAAUAUCAGCGAGAUAACAUUUCAUUUGUGAGCCAAGAAGUAGUGUUAACUGCAUGAGUGAAGUCAGAAGUGCUAUACAUAAAGAAAGACUUAUAAUUUUUAGUACUGAGAUGUGAUCAACACAUAUUCCAUUAUGAAAUGUUUAAUAAUUAUGAUCUGCCAUUAUGUGGUAAUUUUUGGGUUUUAAUGAUAGAUUUGAUAACACGGAACCAACUUUGAUAUAUAAUGGACUCUAUAUCGUGUAUUUUGAACAUUUUGGAAAUUUUAAGGAAACGAUAUUUGGAUGGAUUUAAUAUGGUUAUUGUUUAAACAUAGAUUUUUUAAAAGUAAUUAUUUCAUAGACAAAUCUAGUCUCUGACAAUAUUCCUAUAUAUACAGAUGUAGUAAAUUUGUUGAAGUUUUAAUUAUUUUUUGGGUACAGUGGCAAAGCUGCCCUAUUAUUGGGUAAAGUGUGGGAAAUAAGUUACAUCACUAUUCAUGGAGGUCUAAAGGAUAUUGAUAUUGACACGGAAAAAUAAAUAUGAUCACAUUUGCUUAGUGAUGGUUGUACCAGUUAAUACAAAAGUUACCCUUAGAUGUUAGUAAUUAUCAUGAUUAAAAAUAAGUCCACUUGUAAAGAUAUGUAUUUAGGUUGAAAAGAAAUCCAUAGAUUUUUUGUGACAUUCCAUAUAUUCCUGAAGACAUUAGAGCUAUUCCAUUAAAACAUCUACCCGACCCCAGGACUCCAGAAUGUAUCGCUUCUAUCCAUGGUUGGGUUUCCUGCCUCUUAGUUCUAUUACAUAUAAAGGAAAUUAUCCAAAGAAAUUCUAUAGCUGGUACUCUUAAACAAAAACUCGAGUCCUGGGGUGGGGUAGAUAUUUUACUGGAAUAACCCUUACAUAGUUGAUGUAUAUGUAAGCUAUUUUAAUUGUAAAUAUACAUUCUUCAAUUUCAUACGCGAUUAUUGACAAAUCAAAAAUUGUGCUUCUCAUUGUAUCAUUAGCUGUGCAAUACAUUUGAGCUGUAUAUUAUGAACUUACGGUGGACUGAGCAGAAUUGAUGCAAACUGGGAAGAGGAUAUAAUUUUUUUGUUCUACGAAAUUUAGUCAGAAAAGGUCUUGAUAUAUGAUUUCAUUUUUCACCAAGAAACAAGCUUUUGAGUUUACAAUGAAAUAUUUGUAGUCAAGAAACAAUUUUAUGGAUGAAGUUACAGCUAAAUGAAAUAUAUGUAAUUUCAAUUAAUGAAGACUAGUUGUAGUUCAUAUUCUUCCAUUUGAAAUUUAAAAUUUUCUUGUCCAAGAGCUAGAUAUGUAGCAUGAUCAGUUAAAAUGUAUUGUGUAUAAACUGUGAUUUUCGUGAGGGAGAGUGGUUUUGCUAUUAUGUGAUAUGAAAAGUACUGCACUUGGUACAAUUGUGUUCAUCAAAGAAAAUGGCUGCGAGAUAGGUAGGCGUUCUUCCUAAGAUUUCAGGAUCAGUUUUCAGCACAUAUUACCAGGGUACAGAUAUUUUCUUCUAGAUUAUAACUUCUACAAUAGCAGAUAUGAUUUAUAGGUAAGAUAGUAGCAUGAUCUGGCCCUCUUUGUCAAUUUUCAAAGAUACAUCACAAUAUAGGUAUGUUCCUCUUGGCUAGAGAUAAUUAUAACAUCCCUUUACCAUGACUGGUUGAGUGUAAGACUAGUGAGCCGAAGGUCCUUGGUUUGAUCCCAGGCAGAGGCAUUGGAAUAAAUAUAAUUCAACAUGCUCUGUGUUAUAUAAAGUACAAGUCAUUCGCGGUUUGAAUAUUUAUCUAACUUAAUGCUAGCAAAAUAUGACAAGAAGGCUAGCUGCAAUGGAUUAAAGAGGACGCCGAGACCUGCUAUGAAAUUUUUGUAUGCGUUUAGUGUGAUCCUUUAAAUUCCUGGUGUGCUGGGCCCAGUUUCACACAAAAAGUCUGAACUUUGAAUUUGUUUUCUAAUUUAAUUUCUAUCCUAUAAUAUUAAGUUAUAUAAUGUUGAAGCCACAAAAGUCUUAUUUGCUUCCAGGCUCAAAUUUGAGUGAAGAUCCUGUGGUUAAGUUAGGAAAAAAACUCUGAUGGUCAGAAAUAACCGACAGCCUGAAAACAUUUUACAAUUGUGAGUGAUAUUGGAUUUUUUCUCUUUAAAUAUAAUUACUGUAUAAUAGAUAAUAAUUAUUGGGUGUGCAGAUUGUAUCAGUGAGAGAGGAGCGUCAAAUUAUUUAUUGAUUAAAAAUAUGAUUGUGUUAUAUGUAUCAUGUAUUGAAUGUUUGUAAUACAAGGCUCCAGGUAGACCCUUGAGAGUAUGUUUGUGUCUUAGUUUUGACUCUUCGGCUUAAAGGGACCCCUCGAUUUGUUUUGACUCUUCAGAUUUCUUAGAAAAAGUGUUCCUAAGUCCUUGGACAAUAGGAAUUCAUGUAUUGUUUGAUCAUCAGUUGUCUCGAAAUGAAGUAGGUACCAGAUCAACCCACAUAUAAAAAGCAUGUGUCCUUUCAGUUUAAAUCCUUUGAAAGCCAAACCAUGUCAUGUUGUAUGCGUCUUUGUAGUAUGUACAAAAAUUAAAAACCUAGUCGUAGUCGAGUAAAUUUUCCGGAAAUUUUUUAACUUCAUAAUUUUUAUGUAAUUGAAACUGUACAUGUUCGUAGAUUGAUGAAAGCGAGUUUUUUGAACAAAUCGUAGAAACUGCUGUGGUAGUACGUAUUGUUUUUGUGUACAGGUUGGCUGGACGGGCGGUCUGUUGGGUCUUUAUGUACUGGUUGUAGUUUAGCUAGAAUGUCUUGACAAACAAGUCACAUGUUUAACCAAGAUAUUGUUGUUAUGUCUCGUGAUGUUCAUGAGACACAUUUGCGUAAAGUGUAUACACAAAUAAAUAUUACGUAUAACAUAUA